AUGUCUUUGGAUAUUGGGUCUGCUUCGAGUUCCAAAGCCAUGGGAUCUGAUGAGAAAGAUGAGGGGAAAUCGAUCUCUGGGCCGAAUUCAUUGGAUUCUAAGGCUGAGGAAAAUGUUGUGGGGAUCAGCAGGAAAAUGAGUGAGAGCUCUAUCUGCACCACUGAGGAUGAAAAUGAUGAUGACGAUGAUGUUGAUCCCAAGAUUCAGUUGGGCCCUCAAGUUACCCUCAAGGAAUUGUCUGAGAAAGAUAAGGAUGAUGAGAGUUUGAGGAGGUGGAAAGAACAGCUUCUUGGGAGCGUGGAUAUUAAUGCUGUUGGAGAAAGUCUUGAUCCUGAAGUGAAAAUAUUGAGCCUUGCAAUAAAGUCCCCAGGCAGAAGCGAUAUUGUCCUACAAAUCCCCGAGGAUGGAAACCUGAAAGGCACAUGGUUUACUCUUAAAGAAGGAAGCCAAUAUAACCUUAAUUUUACCUUUACUGUCAAAAACAACAUUGUAUCUGGACUCAAAUACAAGAACUCUGUCUGGAAAACCGGCAUUAGAGGUUAA